AUGAUUCCAGACUCAAACCUAGCAAAAGAAAAAUCUCCGUCUCAAUGGAUUCUCUCUUCAUAUAGUAGCGACCCGGGCCUAGAUCCAGAUCUCGAAAUAGCGUUCCCGGACUCAUUGGACAAGAACAAUUACGUUCAACAGUCCGUCACCGAUAGUUCCACGAGCUUCCGCUUCCACACCGCCAAUACCUUUAUGUGGAAUACCGGCCGUGCCCGGGGCGACGACGAAUUCUACGAUAGCAUAGACACCAACAUGGCUUCCAGCAUGUUCCACAACGGAGAAGAUAUGGCCCAAUGUGACUCACUUGAAAGGCAGCUCUCGGAUUUUUUAGGAAAAAACUAAUUUAUUUAUGGAUUUUUUUUAUUUGCUUUUUGUCGCUACAAGAAUGGACAAAAUGGUAAUGGUUUAUCUAAAACUAUUAAGUAGAAUUCUGUCCACCAAUGUGGAAUAUGCCAAAUAUUUAGUUGGUUUUAGGCAAUUUAACUUUAAGAUUAAAUUGAUGUUCCUCUUAAACCAGUUCCAUGAUUCAUGAGAAAAGACUAAGUAUUUUAUCAAUGAAUUAGUCCAGUAUAGAACUUACAAAAUAUUAAAGUUUAUUGUAAUUGUAGAACUAGCAUCAAAUGUAAACAUUAGCUAUCGAGGCAUCAACUUCGGACAGUCUAUAUUUGAUUAGUGAUAACAAAUUUGAAAUAUUCUAAAACUAUUUUAGAACUUUUAAAAAUACUACAAACAGAAAGCCAUGGUUCAGCCUCAACACCGAUUUUAUUUGCACCGAUGGUAACGAAUCAUAAGCCAAUCAGUUAUGGUAAUGAAUAACAUCGAUCCUUAAAGCUUU